UUAGACAACAACUAGACUUUUUUAAUACAAGUUGUGAACAUUCAAAAGAGUCAAAACUUCAAAAAAUGUUGAUUGAUGUGCUAUCGUUUUUGCGUGGUUUAAUAUAACACAUGGGCUGAAAAGUCCUGUGCCUAACUCGUAAAUGGCACUGGUUUUAUUGCAUUCAACUCUUUUUUUAGUUAGUACCAACAUUAUAAAGACAGCUUUUAAAAUUUCACGAUAUGCUAUUCAUUAGUUCGAGAGUUAUUGCGCUAAGCGUGAGGCUACUUUUGCUAUUUUUAAAGCAAUGGAGCAAAAAGAAUUUCGUGUUUUAAUUUUGCACUGCUUCUUGAUGGGGAAAAGAAUACCGUUCCAGCUAAGCAAUGACUUUAAAAAAGCUGUAGGGACUUCAAUCUAUCAGAAACAACACUAUAACGAUGGUUUGCUCACUUUAAAAGUGGCCGCGAAGACACCGAUGAUGCACAAAGCAGUGGACGUACAAAUGAGGCGGUAACACCAGAAAACAUCUAAAAAAUCUACAAAAUCGUUUUGAAUGAUGGAAAAGUGAAGUUGCGUGAGUUAGCUGACAUCGUAAAGAUAUCAGAAGAACGGUUGGCUUUAUAUUGCAUGAGCAAUUGACUAUAAGAAGGCUCUGUUCAAAGUGGGUACCGCGUUUGCUCACUGUUGACCAAAAAACAAGUCAAUCAAAACAAUGGCAAAACUACAUGAAUUGAAUUUCGAAUUGUUCCCACAUCCACCGUAUUCGCCAGAUUUGGCUCCCGGCGGGCGAGUAGUGGCUAUUCACAGAGCUGAAAAAAGAGCUUCUCGCCUGUAAAAAUUUUCGUCGAAUGAAGAGGUUAUCAUUGAAACUGAGACCUAUUUCGAGGCAAAAGAUAAAUCGUUCUACAAAAGUGGCAUUGAAAUGGUAUAGCGGCAUUGGGAUGAUUGCAUUGUUCUUGAUGGCAAUUACGUUAAUGGAUAAAGCUAAUUUCGCACAAAAAAAAAUCGUAUUUUCUUUGUUAGGCCCGGGACUUUUCAGGCCAUGUAUUACAAUAAUCAUAUGACCUGAAUUUCAUGCAAAAAAGGUACCGCGUUGAUAUCGACAAAGAUGUGAAUGCUAAGGCUGAAUAGGACUCAACAUUCAUCAAACUCCUCAUUACUGGAGACGAGACGUGAGUUUAUAAGUACGACACGCAAUCCAGGCAUGUUUUACGUAAAACAUUUUGCCAAAAAAGAAAGGAUUUUUAAGAAAACAACUCGUUGAUUUUGCAACAUAAUUACGCACCGUCGCACAGUGCCGCCAUUAUCCGUGAAUUUGGGGCCAAGAGCGAAACGAAAACGUCCUUAUGGCUCCCUGCGAUUUUUUUUCUGUUCGAUAAGUCAAAAGACCACUACGAGGAACGCGUUUUAACACCCGAGAGAACGUAGUGCAAAAAUCGAAGGUGACGCUGAUGGCUGUACCGAAAAUAGAGUUCCAGAAAUGUUUCGAGAGCCGAAUCAAAUGGUGUCAUAAAUGCGAUGGGGAGUACUUUGAUGGCGAUAAUAUCACUUUUGAGGAAUACCACAAAGUUUUUGUUUGAAUUUUCUGAACAUAUUCGGGGAACUUUUUGCUCAAGCUGGUAUGUUGUCAAUGUUGUGCGCUCAUGUGAAUUAAUAAUUUAAUUAAGAAAAUUAUCCUCUGCGGGGCAACGAAGCCCACUCUAUUUACCAAGUUUUCGUGUGCCUACUUCAUUAGUUAUGUUUACACGUUCAAGCAUAUCUGCCUGUAUAUAUGUAUAUUUGUAUUUACAUCAAUUAGCCAUGCGUAUGAAGUGCUAACAGAAUAUUAGGAGCUGCGUGUAAUCGCUUGAAAAGGAAUUCAAAAUAAUCUUCAUAUCAAUUUUUAAAAUGCUGUACCACAAGAUAGUCAUAUUACUUUUAGCCAUUGAAGGCUGUUCAGCAACUUCGGUAUUUGAUUUGGAUAUUUGGCAUAGAACACUCGCAGUUUCCUACACCGAUUUGGUUGUGACUCAAAAAGCGUGUGAAAUUGCUAAGCAGCACGAUUCAUACAUCUAUAUAGUCUACACAAGCAAUGUGCGGCAGGACGAUUCAAUAUUUGGUUUGGAGUUCAAUUUAUUAAAAUGCAUGUCCGAAUUACCCACACACAUAAUAGAUGUGGAGAAGCUAACGAAAGAGCGUGAACGCGAAUAUAACAGUUUUAGCAUUUUUGUAUUACCAACAUCCGCUGCAGCAGCAUCGGUGUAUUUGCAACGCAUCAUCGGCCUGUUGAAUGAGAAGCAAACACGUAAACAUUUCCACAAAUACACUUUCAUCUGGCGAGAUGCACAAAUCGCACAGCUGGGCGAACUCUUCGAAGCGAUUUGGCAGCGUAAGAUACUAAACGCAAUUGCCAUAACUGAUGUCCAGCACAUCUACACAUUUGAGCCUUUCACGCCAGCUGGGUUCGCUUUGAAACGGAUCACGAAUGGCCAGUAUUUCUAUGACAAAUUGAAAAAUCUACAUCAUCAUCAGCUACGCAUCACAAUGUUUACGGACUUUUUGCGCGCCAUACCCAAACGCAAUCGCGAAAAUGGCUACGACGGCGUAGAUGGGCUACUAGCCAGUAGCAUCGUGUCGUAUCUCAACGCCACAGCAAACUACACACAACCAGCUGAUAAUGAAAAUUAUGGCGAUUGCUUGCCGAAUGGCUCUUUCUCGGGCGUUUUAAAGCAUUUGAUUGCUGGAGAUGCCGAUGUGAGCUUCAAUGCACGCUUUACUUUACCCUGUAUGGAGGGGCACAUCGAGAAGCUGUAUCCGUAUUUUAAGCGCAAACUGUACUUGAUUGUGCCGGCAGCAAAAAUGCAGCCGGAAUACUUGAUUUUCAUUACUGCCUUCACCUACGCGCUUUGGCGGCUGCUCUCAUUGAAUUUUGUCGUAGUUACAGUGACAUUCGCAUUGUUGAAUCACUGGACGGAACGUUUGCCACAUGCGGCGCCAAUGAAACACGCCCAUUGGUAUGAAUUAGUCGAAAUGUUUGUGAAAACACAACUUGGCGAGCCGGUUGCUGGGUUCUCUAGAAUCAGUUCAUUGCGUGAAUUCCUCAUGGCUUGGAUACUCUUCAGCUAUGUGCUGACCACAAUAUAUUUCGCUAAAUUGGAAAGUAGUUUUGUGCAACCGGUCUAUGAGGAUCAAAUGGAUUCUUUGGAUGAUUUGGAUAAGCUGGACGUGACCAUUUUCGGCGUCCACACGCUAUUCACCACAGUACAGCAGGCGCUUAAACCGGCGCAUUGGCGUGCUAUUGAAAAGCGCGCAGUCUCAUUACCGCUUCACUUCUCUUCAUUCCAAUACGCCUUGCCAUUGAGUAUGAGGAAGAAUGGGCAUGUGGCGUUUGUGUUGCGUGGCGAAACAGCAAAGGAUUUUGUGCUAAAGUCCUACGAUAUAGAACGGCGUCGUCCGCGAUUUCAUGUGGUCAAAGAGUAUCUACGUUCAAUGCCACAGACUUAUAUUUUGGAAAGGGGCUCACCAUUCCGAUAUAAAUUUCAACUCUACCAGAGCAGCAUAUUUGAAAGCGGUCUCAUGGAGUGCUGGUGCAACAAGAAUUUGCAUUACAGCAGCCAGAGUGAAUCGCAGGAAAUGGAGGAGAUCUACGUGGAGUUACCGGAUGACUCGGAAUUCGAUUUGAAUAAUAGUGCAGAAAGCGGCGGUGGCAACGCCAAUCGUACCCGAAAAAGGGUGGUGCUGAGCUUGACCAUAUUACAGGGUGCAUUCUACUUAUGGUGCUUCGGCAUUUUGCUUAGUGUAAUAGGUUUUGUGUUGGAAUACGUCUAUUGGUUGCGGGGAAAGAAGAAGCGUUUUAAUGUGGAAUAGGGGAAAAUGGAAAUUUGAUGGAUGAUUGGGCGAGCAAGGAAUGAAAAUGAAUGAAUAAAAUAUAAAUGAAAUAAAAUAUAAUAAAAUGAAUUAAACCCAAAAAAGCGAAAGCUUGUUUUUGAUUUUCACGUUCAGCCAAAAUCCUCAGUCAUUUCGAAUAGUUACAAGUUGUAAGCGAAUAUGCACUUUAAUUUGAAAUUUGUACUAAGUUGACACAAACAAAUUUAAAUAAAACUGAAUUUUAAUAAAAUAAUGCACAGACAUAAAAUAAAACAGAAAAUUGAUUACAAUUAAACGUGAAAUCUAUAAAUAUAAUCUAUUGAAGACUACUUCUAAUUAGUCGAAAUAUGAACAAAUAUAAAAACAAAAAUAAGUGAAACCGAAAAUUAUAAAAAAAUUAAUAAAGGAAGGAAGUAUCAGAUUUAAUAUUAGGGUGAAAAUUAAACAAAAUAAGAUAGUAGAUAAAAUAAAAAUAAAUAAAUAAUUGGCGCGUACACUUCUGUUAGGUGUUUGGCCGAGCUCCUCCUCCUAUUUGUGGUGUGCGUCUUGAUGUUGUUCCACAAAUGGAGGGACCUACAGUUUCAAGCCGACUCCGAACGGCAGAUAUUUUUAUGAGGAGCUUUUUCAUGGCAGAAAUACCCUCGGAGGUUUGCCAUUGCCUGCCGAGGGGCGACCGCUAUUAGAAAAAUGUUUUUAUUAAUUUUGCUUUCACCGAGAUUCGAACCAACGACCUCUCUGUGAAUUCCGAAUGAUAGUAGAUAGAAGUAUAAAAAUAUAGCCAAAUAAAUGAAAUAAUUAAUAUUAAAAUUAAAUAU